GGCGGGGCGGGGCGACCGUGGGCCCUGAGAGCAGCGGUCGGCGACCGGCGGCGGGAGAUCGUGGACGAGCGGAGCGUGACACUCGCUGGUGGGGGAGAUCGGCGCUUGGCCGGCUGCCGGAUGAGUCAUCAGGGAACUACAGAGGAGGAGGCCCCAAGCUCAGCUGCCUCAGCCUCGGCUUCUCUGGGACAAGGGAGCCUGGAGUGCUCCUGGAAGGAGGAUCAGGAGCCUACCUAGCCACCAAGGUGAAAGGGCAGCUUCUGGGGGAGGGGGUGCCCCACAGCCUGUCUGGAGGAGCUCCAGCUCAGGAUGAGCCGUGUCAGGCAGGACAGGCCACUUGAGCCUGAGUGCAGCUCUAUAGACCUCUAAACAUCUGGGUUUAAGAUCUUGCCCUCGGAGCAAGAUUGACUGCUGGCCUCAUUUCUCUCACCGUCAGAUGAAACUCUCUCUUCAUCCCCAAUGCUCAGCAUCACCCUUUGAUUCCGUCAUGCAGCCACCACCGGCUGUUUCGUCUAUGCCCCACUCUGCUCUACACAGGCAACACCACCUCUCACCCUCAGAAGCCUUCUGCCUGGGGAGGACCACGACUUUCCUCCUUGUGUUUGCCUGCAGCCCAGGGGACUGGGGAGUGGGCAGCACAGCCCACUAGGUCUGGCCCCGCACUGCCCCACACAGGCUGGGUGAUCUGGGGCAAGUCUCUGCCUAAUUAAGCCUGCAAUUCUUCAAAUAAAAGUGAGGAGAGGGACUUCCCUGGUGGUCCAGCGGUCUCCGUGCUCUCAAUGCAGGGUCAGGGAACUAGAUCCCACAUGCAUGCCACAACUAAAGGAGCCCGCAUGCUGCAACUAAGACCCAGUGCAGCCAAAUAAACAAAAAAAAUUUUUUUAAUGAGGAGAUUAAAGCAAUGUCCCUAUAGGCACGCUUCUAAUACUAUUAGGUUUGAAGGCCUUGGGGUCUGUUUUUAAGAUCUCAUUUCCCUUAUAAAGAGGCCGAGAGAGGUGGGCCCUACUCUAGGCCCUGGAUCAAGUCCUUUUUGGAGAUGGAAGGGGCUGUGGAGGUGUGGGGUGGGAUGACAGUAUGGUUACAAGUGAAACAGCCUGCCUUGCAGGGCUUUCACCUAAUUGAAGUCAGAACACCCCUUAGACUUCUUAAGGUCAUCAAGAAACAAUGAGGCCACCCAUUCAGCCUCCUGAGCAUCGGGCCUGCAGGACCACACCCAGGCAUCCAGGCUGAAAGCUGGAGCUGCUGAGUUCAAAGCUAGAAGGCCCUUGAAGGCACCCCCACACCCACACCCCAGUCAAGCUGACUCAGCCUUUCGUAGCCACUGUGGUGAGGCAGACGCAGUAGGAAGGAGGUUUCAGCCUAGUGUUUCCCAGCAUCCCACUGUCUCUUGUAAGCUUCCAGCCUGAUCCGGCAGAAGGUCAGAGGUGUUGGAGGGUCGGCUUCCCACGGUCUGCCUUUCUCGCGCAAGAGCAGAUGGAGGAGUGAUCCGGGAUGAAUGGAGCUACCGCAGGGAAGACCGCAUCUGUUAGUAACAGCCUUAGGACCAGGCUGCCAUCAGAGAGCACUUAUUAAAGGCCUGUCUGCAGCCGAUGCCUUCUCAGGCUUUGUCUCAAGCAAGUCACGACCCAGAAGGGCCCUGCCCUUGGGAGUCCACGCCCCAGUCUUUAAAAAGGCUCCCAAAUGGUAACAACCUCAGGGUGGUGCCAUUCUCUUCCGUGACAACCGUAGCCCACGUGCUGCUUGCACAGAUUGUCACAACAGUGGGCUCUCUCUCCCCUCUGCCUCUACGGGAACGCAGAGCUGGUAGAGAUGGAGCCCAGAGAGAGGUGACGUCUUGCGCUUUGUCCUCAUAUUUCUAGAGGUGUCGGUUGGUGUCCACGGCUCUAAUAUAAAUUCCACUACUAAUGUUGCCUGAAAGAAAACUGAUACUUAGGAGAGGUUUUCAGCAAAUGAGUUUGGACAUUACAGAAGGAAGCAUGUCAGUUCCUUCUGGAGAGCCGCAAACAGAUGCAUCUCGUGAAAGGAGCCAAGUGCUGGUAUUGCCAUUUGCAUGCUGGUUUUUCAAUUUACAAGAUUUCAUUUAUGUGUAUGCAUGUAAUGUUUAUAUAAAUAUACACACAAAUCCCUCUAUAUAUAUAUACAAACACACACAUCUGGAUGCCUAUGUACACACACGUGUGCACACACACGUAUACAUACAUGUAUCUACCUCUAGCUAGGGAACAAAACAAAACCGUGGUUCUCUCCACUUGGAGAAGAGCCAUCAUGGAUGGUGCAGGCAUGUCCUCUACGAAGCAAGGCUUCUGCGGAAUCAGUGAUGUGACUGAUGGUUUUGGAGUAUAGGAUCCACCACCCUGUUCUGGGGAAGCAAAGUUCACCACAAAACAAACAACAGAAAAAGAUUCAGCCAUUAUUCAUAAAGGCAAGAAAGAACCAACCCAGAUGUUGGUCCACAUCUCUCCUGGAGGAGGCGGGCUGGAGUUCCCCUUGUGGGGUGGAGAGAGGGGCCAUUUACUGUGGAGGGGCCAGUAGGACUGGGGGGCUCACCCCACGUGGAACAAUGGUGAGGUUGCCAUUUGGAACAUUUGGAGGGAUAGCUAUGUGUGGCAUGAGGAAGUAGAGACCCUUUGCCCCCUGCUUUUCUCCUCCCACCCAAGCCUGACACCUGGGCGCCUCGGGGUCUGGGGGUGACCUGCUCUGUGUGUGGUCUCUCACAGGGUGAGCGUGAGCCUGGGAGAUGGCAGUGAUGGAAAUGGCCUGCCCAGGCGCCCCCGGCUCCGCGGUCGGACAGCAGAAGGAGUUCGCCAAAGCCAAGGAGAAGACACAGGCAACGGAGACGAAGCAGAGCUCCGUCCACAAGCUCGAGGCCGUGGAGAAGAGCCCCAUGUUCUGCGGGAAGUGGGAGAUCCUGAACGACGUGAUUACCAAAGGCACAGCCAAGGAAGGCUCCGAGGGCGGGCCGGCUGCCAUCUCCAUCAUCGCCCAGGCCGAAUGUGAGAAUAGCCAAGAGUUCAGCCCCACCUUCUCAGAACGGAUCUUCAUCGCUGGCUCGAAACAGUACAGCCAGUCGGAGAGUCUUGAUCAAAUCCCCAACAAUGUGGCCCACUCGACCGAGGGCAAAAUGGCCCGCGUGUGUUGGAAGGGGAAGCGUCGCAGCAAAGCCCGGAGGAAACGCAAGAAGAAGAGCUCCAAGUCCCUGGCUCAGGCAGGAGUGGCCUUGGCCAGACCCCUCCCUAGAACCCCUGAGCAGGAGAGCUGCACGGUCCCGGUUCAGGAGGAUGAGUCUCCGCUAGGCACCCCGUAUGUUAGAAACACCCCCCAGUUCUCCAAGCCUCUGAAGGAGCCAGGCCUUGGCCAUCUCUGGUUUAAGAAGCUCGGGGAGGGCCUGCGGCCAGCGCUGCCUCGACCGGAACUCCACAAACUGAUCAGCCCCCUGCAGUGCCUAAACCACGUGUGGAAACUCCACCACCCCCAGGACGUAGGCCCCCUGCCCCAGCCCGUGCACCCCUUCCCCUACAGCAGACGGCCCCACCCCUUCCCGUUCCACCCUCUCCAGCCCUGGAAACCUCACCCCUUAGAGUCCUUCUUCCUAGGCAAACUGGCAAACUGUGUAGACAGCCAGCAGCCCCUGCCCGGCCCUCCCCUGGGCAGACUGGCCUGUGUAGACGGCCAGAAGCCCCUGCCUGGCCCACAUGUGAAGCCCAGCUGCCCGUCGCAUGGCUCGAGUGACAAGCUGUCCAUGGAGGAGUACCUCGUGCAUGCUCUGCAAGGCAGCGUGAGCUCCGGCCAGGCCCGCAGCCUGGCCAGCCUGGCCAAGACCUGGUUGGUGGGGGGCUCCAAGCCUCGGGAGCCCAGCCCUGAAACCGAGGACAGUGAGGGGGUCCUGCUUAUUGAGAAACUCAAGCCGGUGGAUUAUGAGUACCGAGAGGACAUCCAUUGGGCCACGCGCCAGCCCUGCCUGGGCAGAGGCUCCUUCGGAGAGGUCCACAGGAUGGAGGACAAGCAAACCGGCUUCCAGUGUGCCGUCAAAAAGGUGCGAGUUGAAGUGUUUCGGGCUGAGGAGUUGAUGGCAUGUGCGGGAUUGACCUCACCCAGAAUCGUCCCUUUGUAUGGAGCUGUGAAGGAAGGUCCUUGGGUCAACAUCUUCAUGGAGCUUCUAGAAGGUGGCUCGCUGGGCCAGCUCAUAAAGCAGAGGGGCUGCCUGCCGGAGGACCGGGCCCUUUAUUACCUGGGCCAGGCUCUGGAAGGGCUGGAAUACCUCCAUACCCGAAGGAUUCUACACGGAGAUGUGAAAGCCGACAAUGUGCUCCUGUCCAGCGAUGGGAGCCACGCAGCCCUCUGCGACUUUGGCCAUGCUGUGUGCCUUCAACCCGAUGGCCUGGGGAAGUCUUUGCUCACAGGGGACUACAUCCCCGGGACAGAGACCCACAUGGCGCCAGAGGUGGUGAUGGGCAAGCCCUGUGACGCCAAGGUGGACGUCUGGAGCAGCUGCUGCAUGAUGCUGCACAUGCUCAAUGGCUGCCACCCUUGGACCCAGUACUUCCGAGGGCCGCUGUGCCUCAAGAUUGCCAGCGAGCCUCCACCUGUGAGGGAGAUCCCGCCCUCCUGUGCCCCCCUCACAGCCCAGGCCAUCCAGGAAGGGCUCAGGAAAGAGCCUGUCCACCGAGCGUCUGCCGCAGAGCUGGGGGGGAAGGUCAGCCUGGCGCUGCAGCAUGUGGGAGGUCUGAGGAGCCCUUGGAGGGGAGAGUACAAAGAACCAAGACAUCCGCCGCCACUCCAAGCCCACCCACCGUCAAGCCAAGGGCACCCUCACCAGACCCUACGUGCCCCGCCAGUGGAGCUGUCGCCAGGGGAGCUCUCACCAGGGGACCCGGGGCCCCAGCCAGCUGAGGAUGCAGCAGGCGGGGCCCCUAAGCUCCAGCCUCCUCCACCCCCAGAGCCCCCAGAGCAGAACAAGUCUCCCAGCCUGCACUGGGGCAAAGAAGAGUCCAGGACGUGGGAACCACUGGCUCUGUCCUCCCUGGAUCCGGCCCCAGCCAAGAACUCCAGCUCACCAGAGCGGAAGGCAACCUUCCCCGAGCAAGAGCUGCAACAGCUGGAAAUAGAAUUAUUUCUGAACAGCCUGUCGCAGCCGUUUUCUUUGGAGGAACAGGAGCAAAUCCUGUCAUGCCUCAGCGUCGACAGCCUCUCCCUGUCAGAUGACAGUGAGAAGAACCCGUCCAAGGCCUCUCAGAGCUCGCGGGACACCCUGAGUUCCGGCGUGCACUCGUGGGGCAGCCAGGCGGAGGCCCGCAGCUCCAGCUGGAACAUGGUGCUGGCCCGGGGGCGGCCCACCGACACGCCGAGCUAUUUCAACGGUGUGAAAGUCCAAAUACAGUCUCUCAAUGGCGAACACCUGCACAUCCGGGAAUUCCACCGGGUCAAGGUGGGAGACAUCGCAACCGGCAUCAGCAGCCAGAUCCCAGCCUCAGCCUUCAGCUUGGUGACCAAGGACGGGCAGCCUGUGCGCUACGACAUGGAGGUGCCGGACUCGGGCAUCGACCUGCAGUGCACCCUGGCCCCUGACGGCAGCUUCGCCUGGAGCUGGAGGGUCAAGCAUGGCCAGCUGGAGAACAGGCCCUAACCAGCCUUCCACCACUGGCUCCACUUGGCCAGAAGUGACCUUCCUUCUCGGUGCUCAGCGCUGCCCCCGAGACACAGGCUCAGCCUGCCUGCUCCCAGGGGCCUGCCAGCUUGUGGCUCAGCGGUGGGACCAGGGGCUGGCAGCAGUGAGGUGGGGCUAGCAGAACACCUUCCAGGAUCUCCCACCUGUGUCCUUCCUGAGCCCACAUGAGGAGGAGGAGGAGGAAGACAGGAGGCCUCUUCCCAUGGGGAACAAAGAGGGUCUUCUCUGCCUUGGUCCUGACAAGCUGGCCUGACCCAUUAGGAUCAGUGACCACUUGCUGGCAGUCAGGGGAGAGUGGCUUCCGGCCCAGGUCCCAGAGAGGUGGGUGAGCCCCUCCCUCGGGUUCCAGGCAGGUAUGAGCAUCUAAUGACCUACCCCCAGGCCCAGUACAGGACUGGGGCAGCAGGUGUGCCUACCCUUGGGUUAAUGGAGGGGGCCCUCUGACGCCCUUGGCCGGCCUUGCCUGGCCAUCAGGCCCCCUUCUAUCUCUAGGUGUUUUUCAGACCAGGUCAGGGAGGGAGGAAUGCCUGACACUGGGGGUCUCCCUGGGAGAAAACACCACACUUCUCAGGGAGCCGCAACCCAGGCCCUGAGCUGAGCUCAGCUUCAGCAAGGACCAGAGAAGGCGUUCGAGUGACGUGGUUCUCAGUCCCUAAGCACAUGCCCCUUCGCUGCUGGCCACGAGUCUUCCCCGGAGCAGCAGGCCCCGAGCCCCAACCGCAGGCCCAGCACCGCCCCUGCGCAGCUGGCACUCAGCUCCCUCAUCUGUAGUAGCGAAGGGCGACAUGAGACCUACCUGACGGGAACCGUCUGAGGACAGAGCACGAUAGACUCGAGAGAAGGCGGCAGAUGCAGGUGCUACUGUUACCCAGGCCACGGCUCUCAACAGCCUCACGUGAGCUUCCCGAGACACUCACUGGUCCUGCUGCCCCUGGUCUUGGGGGCACUGCCAGCUGCACUUUGCACUCUGAUGACCUCAAGCACUUUCAUGGCUGCCCUCCAGGAGGGCAGGCCAGCGGUUCUGCAUGAGCACAAGCAGGCCAGGAGAUGGGGUGAAGGGACUCAGCUCUUGACCCUUCUCCAUGCAUGUGACCCCUCAAACCUCCUUCAGGUUUCUUUAAGGUGAGCACCCCCUACCAUCACCCCAACCCAGCCUCUUCUUUCCGGGGGAGCUGAUCAGCACUCAUGUAGCAUUAAUCAACUGUGAAUUGUUGUGGGGUGAGGGGAUGUCCCCUGAGGUUCCAUCUGGGGAGAAGCUCAUCCCCACGUUUUGCCAAGGUGGCCUCUGCCCAGCUCUCCACAUUGAGCCAUGCUGCUCCCCAGGGAGAGACCCCCGGCCCCCCCAUGCAUGAAGAACUGCAGCCUUGGUCCUGCAGAGUUGAGACGGUAGAGAACUCCUCGUGGGCAAUAAAGUUUGAGGUAAUAAGUGUGUU